CACAACACAACCACCACACUCCAGCGACCCAGAUCCCAUCUACCCAGCACCAAACUGGAGCAGCCGGUGAAAACCAGAGCUGCCUAUAUAUACCCCGUCCUGGGUGCGACCCGCGCCCCAAGCUCCGGCGCGCCAGUGCUACAAACCACCGCUACCACAGCGUCCACCUACCCGUCCUCCGCCUCGAGAAGCGUCGGCGAGGCCAUGGCGCGGAAGAAGAUCCGGGAGUACGACUCCAAGCGCCUCCUCAAGGAGCACCUCAAGCGCCUCGCUGGCAUCGACCUCCAGAUCCUCUCCGCGCAGGUCACCCAAUCAACGGAUUUCACGGAGCUUUCAAACCAGGAGCCAUGGCUCUCGUCGAUGAAGUUGGUUGUUAAACCUGACAUGCUGUUUGGCAAGCGUGGGAAGAGCGGCCUUGUGGCCCUCAACCUAGAUCUUGCUCAAGUCCGCCAAUUUGUCAAGGAGCGGUUAGGAGUUGAGGUUGAGAUGGGUGGAUGUAAGGCUCCAAUUACAACAUUCAUAGUCGAGCCAUUUGUGCCACACGAUCAAGAGUAUUAUCUCUCAAUUGUGUCAGACAGGCUUGGUUGCACCAUUAGUUUCUCAGAGUGUGGGGGUAUUGAGAUUGAGGAGAACUGGGACAAGGUUAAGACAAUCUUCCUUCCAACAGAGAAGCCAAUGACACUUGAUGCAUGCGCUCCAUUGAUUGCCACUCUUCCCUUGGAAGUCCGCACGAAAAUAGGCGAUUUCAUUAGAGGGUCGUUUUCUGUUUUCCAAGACUUAGAUUUCUCAUUUAUGGAGAUGAACCCAUUCACCCUGGUAAAGGGUGAACCAUACCCUCUGGACAUGAGAGGUGAACUGGAUGACACAGCUGCUUUCAAGAACUUUAAGAAGUGGGGUGACAUUGAGUUCCCUCUACCUUUCGGAAGAGUCCUGAGCCCAUCAGAAAGUUAUAUCCAUGAACUGGAUGAGAAGACAAGCGCAUCACUGAAAUUCACAGUUCUUAACCCGAAAGGUCGCAUUUGGACAAUGGUUGCAGGUGGUGGUGCUAGUGUCAUAUAUGCUGACACGGUUGGAGAUUUGGGAUAUGCUUCAGAGCUAGGAAAUUAUGCCGAGUACAGUGGAGCUCCCAAAGAGGAGGAGGUUUUGCAUUAUGCUAGAGUGGUUUUGGAUUGUGCCACUGCUGAUCCUGAUGGCCGCAAGAGGGCUCUUCUCAUUGGAGGGGGUAUCGCAAACUUCACUGAUGUCGCUGCUACAUUCAGUGGCAUCAUUCGGGCUUUAAGAGAGAAGGAAUCCAAAUUAAAGGCUGCAAGGGUGAACAUUUAUGUUCGGAGAGGUGGUCCAAACUACCAAACUGGACUCGCCAAAAUGCGUGCUCUAGGAUCAGAGCUUGGUCUUCCAAUUGAGGUCUAUGGACCAGAGGCCACAAUGACUGGAAUCUGCAAGCAAGCCAUUGAUUACGUCAUGGCUGAAGCAUGAUUCGUCAUUGUAUAGUUCCAGUGUUUACAGUUGUGUCCAUUUUGUUCCAUAUACAUUUAGUAUGAACAACUAUUCGUGUGAAGCGAACGGAGAAAGAUCGGUUUUGUGGGGGAAAGAAACUACAGUUGUAAUGCAACUACGCAAUAAUAUAUAUCUUGGCCAAGGCACAAUGAGAUCAAGAUAAAUCGACCCAGCUUCUCCA